AAAAUGUAUUUUUGUAAGGUGCCCUUUUAUGCAAUAGAUAGAGGACAAGCGGUGAAGGGUUUUUUUCCCCUUGUAUUGCACUAAAGAUUGGGAACAAUUUACCGUGAAGGAGAGGCUGUUGCUACCAAUUUAAUCUUGUGUUGCAGUGGCUUCAUCUUAUUCAUAACAAAACUUGAAAGGGGCUGUAGUAAACAAGCAGUUUGCGAACAGCUUGUGUUCAGCUGGCAUAGUAACUCAUUCAUUCACAUCUAUAAAGGUGAACUGCACACGAAUUCCAUCAAUUCAGUGGCAGAAUUUGGAAAUUCUGGAGCUCAAAAACCUGAUCCUGAUGUAUUACAAAAGGAAAUGCUACAGAAGCUCUAUUAACUUAAAUUUUCCAGUAGUCCAACACAAGAAAAAAUUAAACUCUAAAGAUCUUAAAGCAGUUGCAGGUAAUGGCAAACAGUAGCCGAGUGCCUCCUCCCCACCUCCGGCGCGCUCUUGCUGGCCGGAGCAUGGUGCAUCAUGAUGCUUAUGGCCCUCCAAAACAUCCUCCACCUGGUGGUUUCCCUCUAGAAAUGUUGCUUCCUGAAGUUAUGGAACAAAAGCUUACUGCACAACAUGUCGAGAUGAACAAACUUGCGACUGAAAAUCAGAGGCUUGCCACUACUCAUGGAACUCUUAGACAAGAUCUUGCUACUGCCAAGCAUGAGUUGCAGUUAGUACAUGCUCACAUUGCUGAUAUGAAGGCUGAGAAAGAACAUCACACAAAAGGAUUAAUGGAUAAAACUGCGAGGAUGGAGGCUGAACUUCAGGCUGCAGAGUCUAUCAAAACAGAGUUUCAGCAAGCACAUGCUGAAGCUAGGAGCUUGUUUUCUGCAAGACAGGAACAAAUUUCCCAGGCGCAGCAGCUGACACGCGAUCUUCAGAUGGCUCACUCUGAGGCACAGCAGAUUCCUGCUCUAAUGGCUGAAAUUGAGAGCCUGAGACAGGAGUAUCAGCAAUGCAGGGCUACUUAUGACUACGAGAAGAAAUUAUACAGUGACCAUCUUGAAUCACUUCAGGUGAUGGAGAAGAACUAUAUGGCAAUGUCGAGAGAGGUGGAUAAGCUUAGAGCAGAGUUAACUAAUUCUGUAAACUUUGACCCACAAACAGGCGGGCCAUAUGGUGGUUCUGCUGGAUACAGUGGAGGGGGUAUUCCAGGGGGGAACUAUGCUGCUGGACAAAAUGCUUAUCAUGAUGGCUAUAGCUUAUUACAGCAGGGCCAAACGUCACUUUUAGGAGGGGCUAGUGGUGCUGGAGCUGCUGGCACUGGGAGUGGAGCACAUGAUUCUGGCGCUGGGGGUACUUCUCCUCAUUUUGUAGCUCAAUCUGCAUCUGGUGGUUUGGGGGCUGCUUAUGAUGCAUCAAAAAGGACUGGUUAUGACGUGCAAAGAGGGCCUACUGGACCUGGCUACGAUGCACAGAGAGGAUCUACUGGACCUGGCUUCGAUGCAGAGAGAGUUCCAACUGGGCCCGGCUACGAUGCACACAGAGGACCAACUGCACCCGGUUACCAGCCACAGAGAGGACCAACUGCACCCGGUUACCAGCCACAGAGAGGACCAAGUGUACCGGGUUACCAUUCACAGAGAGGACUCAUUGGUGCCCCAGCUUAUGAAAUGCAGAGAGCACCUAAGCAAGACACGCAGAAGGGACCAGGUUAUGAUGCUGAUAAAGCACCUGGUUAUGAUGAUCAAAGACCUCCACCUACUCGUGAUUUUCGAAGAGAUUCCGGAAAUGACGUCCAAAGGGGAUCUAAUUAUGAUCUGCAGAAAGCUGCUGGCUAUGAUCCAUCGUCUCAAGGCGCUGUUGGGUCCCAAGGACAGGUACCGAUUGAAAAUACACAUCAUGUGUCAGGACCACCACCGCCUACUCGCCCCAGUGGUGGAUACGAGGCACCUGCACGAGGUGGGAACCCUGUUCAUAGAUGAGUUCAGAACCAUCUCAAUUUCAGUGUUGUCCGAAAUUUCUUCGUGGAUGCCUUGUGUAAUUGAGCUCGCAUUUUACUUGUCAUUCGUCAUCCGGCACGAUACAUCUCCCUCGUGUUAUGUUUCUCUUUCAUAAGGAGACGUCUGUAGUGUUAUGUUUCUCUUUCAUAAGCAGACGUCUGUAGUGAAGUUCUGAUAUGAAAGCAUAACCAAUGUAGUUUUCAACUUAUUAUGCAAGUCGAACACAGAAGCAGAAUGCAGUCAUGCUUUGUUGGAAGAGCCUAGUACCCAACAAAUUGUGGUGGUGUUCAUGUUCAGCCUACAACUAUUUAUAUUUUCUGAAAAAUUCUGUGUACGCAAAAUUUAACUUAUGUUCUUCGAAACUGCUCAAUACUAUUCCGCUGAAAUCAAAUAUGAGUCACCAAAGAGUUGGAAUGUUA